GCUUUCGCUUUCCGAAAUCAGCAUGCUACAGCAUCCCCGAGCGACGUGACGCGACCAGCACUAGCGAAGUCCAGAUCAGAAAGGUGGUGCGGCGCGCGCAGCGUAAUACCCCGCCCCACCUCCGCCGUCGCUCGCCGUUCGACCAAGCGGCCGCAGUCCAGGCCAACCUAGCAAGGCGGCGGCGGCGAGGGCAGCAGCAGCACCGCGCGACUACGCGCUCGUCCGCUCCACCGCGCCGCCUCACCCCGCGGAAGCCAUGGCCGCGCCGCCAGCGAUCCCACGCCGGGGCCUCUUCAUCGGCGGCGGGUGGCGGGAGCCGUCCCUCGGCCGCCGCCUCCCCGUCGUCAACCCGGCCACCGAGGCCACCAUCGGCGACAUCCCCGCGGCCACGGCGGAGGACGUCGAGCUCGCGGUCGCGGCGGCGCGGGACGCGUUCUCGCGCGACGGCGGGAGGCACUGGUCGCGCGCCCCUGGGGGCGUGCGGGCCAAGUUCCUCAGGGUAAUCGCCGGAAAGAUUAAAGAUAGGAAAUCCGAUCUGGCCUUAUUGGAGACACUUGACUCCGGGAAGCCUCUAGAUGAAGCAAGUGGGGACAUGGAGGAUGUCGCUGCAUGCUUUGAAUAUUAUGCUGAUCUGGCAGAAGCUUUAGAUGGGAAACAACAUUCACCAAUCUCCCUACCUAUGGAAAAUUUCAAGUCCUAUGUACUCAAAGAACCCAUUGGGGUUGUUGGACUGAUCACUCCUUGGAACUAUCCUCUGUUGAUGGCUACUUGGAAGGUCGCACCUGCCUUGGCUGCUGGGUGUACAGCUGUGUUAAAGCCAUCGGAGUUGGCUUCUGUGACUUGCUUAGAGCUUGGUGCAAUAUGUAUAGAAAUAGGCCUACCUCCAGGUGUGUUGAACAUAAUUACUGGUCUGGGCCCUGAAGCUGGCGGUCCAUUAGCUUCACAUCCCCAUGUAGAUAAGAUUGCUUUUACCGGAAGUACAGAGACUGGCAAGAGGAUAAUGAUUGCUGCUGCUCAAAUAGUUAAGCCUGUUUCAUUAGAGCUCGGAGGUAAAAGUCCUCUAAUCAUCUUUGAUGACGUUGUUGACAUUGACAAAGCUGUUGAAUGGGCCAUGUAUGGGAUUUUUGUGAAUGCUGGUCAAGUCUGCAGUGCUACUUCUCGUCUACUUCUGCAUGAGAAAAUUUCAAAGCAAUUCUUGGAUAGAUUGGUUGCAUGGGCAAAGAAUAUCAAAGUUUCAGAUCCCCUGGAGGAAGGCUGCAGACUGGGGUCGGUUGUUAGUGAAGGGCAGUAUGAAAAGACAAACAAGUUCAUCUCAACUGCAAGAAGUGAAGGUGCCACAAUUUUGUAUGGAGGUGCCCGACCACAGAUGAAUUGGCAGCACCUCAGAAGAGGGUUCUUUAUUGAACCUACGAUUAUAACAGAUGUUAGUACGUCAAUGCAAAUUUGGCGAGAGGAAGUCUUUGGACCAGUCAUUUGUGUCAAAGAAUUCAGGACAGAGAGUGAAGCUGUGGAGCUUGCAAAUGAUACUCACUAUGGUUUAGCUGGUGGCGUGAUUUCUAAUGAUCCAGAAAGGUGCGAGCGCAUUUCAAAGGCUAUUCAUUCAGGUAUUGUUUGGAUAAAUUGCUCGCAACCAUGCUUCGUUCAAGCUCCAUGGGGAGGGAACAAGCGGAGCGGGUUUGGUCGGGAGCUCGGAGAAUGGGGCCUUGAUAACUACUUGACCGUGAAGCAAAUCACCAAGUAUUGCUCAGAUGAACCGUGGGGAUGGUAUCAGCCUCCAUCCAAGCUGUAAAGUGCUCCUGCUCCUGCUCCUGCAUCCGUCUUCAACAUUCACCGAAGACGGUCGGUAUCAAUCCUGCGCUGUCCAUGGGCAGAAGAUUCUGUGAAGUGCUCCUGCAAUAAAAGCCCUCGAUGGCAAAGCUGCUUGUGAUAUUAAAUCAUCGAGUUUGCACUCUUA